AUGAAGACUGCGUUGGUUUUGCUCACUACUGCCGUCGCAGCUGUCUCUGCCGCUCCUAAUGGAGGUAUCCCGCCAGGAACGCAGAUUAGCUGCUCCAAGGCCAAUGGGAAAUUCUGCUUAGACGCCACUACCAUCGUGGACUGUGAUGCCAACGCCGUUGGCACUCGCAGCAACUGCAACGACGUCCUUGCUGCUUACCCCCCUGCUGGACGUACGGCCUUGUGUUGGCAAUCAGGACCUCAGGCUUUUGAUGCUGUGUGCCAAAAGAGUUGUGUUGUCUACACCCCGAAACAAUCCACCCUUGCGGCCGACAAAUGCACUGCCGGUGUUACGCCAACCCUCUAUCCCACUGGUACUCAAACCGGAACCUCCACUGGUACUCGAACCGGAACCUCCACUGGUACCGCCAGCCAGCCGUCAGGAACGACCCAGACUACCCCAUCCAACACGUCGAAAACCGGCGUUGUGACUAUUCCUGAGGGCACCGGCACCCGCACGAGCCUGGGAACUGCCACCGUUCCUACUACCUCCCCCAGUAAGCUGACCUCAACUGGUACUUGGUCGCCUACUGAAUCUGACGAAUGCCCUGCCCCUACAGCAUCUUCUACUGCCACUGGCAAACCUGGUAAUACCACUGCGCCUCCUGGUACUAAGACUACCUCCAAGACUACAACUCCCACUGCUGGUGCGAAUGCCAAUCAUGCCGUCGGUGCUCUGGCCGCUGCCGGAUUCCUCGCUGCUUUCUUGUUUUAA